AGCUCGAUGCGGAAGCCGAGGAGCGGCGCGCAGCGGCGCGCAAGCUAGAGCGCGACGCCGCGGAGGCUGGGUUCGUGACCGAGUCGGAGAAGAGCUCGGACGAGAAAGACGGGGAUGACGACGAAGAUGGGUCUGGGUCUGACGAGGAGGAGGAGGAGAGCAGCGAGGAAGAGAGCUCGGACGAAGAGGAACAGAUCAAACCGCGCCUCAUGUUCCGGCCAAAAUUCAUACCAAAAUCACAACGCACGGGCAAUGGCGCCGACACGAGCGGUGCAGGUGGCUCAUCCCGCACUACGGAGGCCGAGGAGGCGGCGCGGUUGGCCGAGGAAGAGGAACGCAAGAAGAAGGCCAUGGACGAGCUGGUCGAGGAGCAGUUGCGCAAAGACGCUGCGGCCAAGGCUGCAGGCAAGAAGCACUGGGACGACGUGGUGGACGAGGAAGAGGACGUCGACACUGAGGACGACAAGGACCCAGAGACAGAGCUCGCGGCGUGGAAGCUGCGGGAACUCAAGCGCAUCAAGCGCGAGCGGGAAGCCAUCGAGGCGCGAGAAAAGGAACGCGAGGAGGUCGAACGGCGGCGGAAUUUGACCGAGGAGGAGCGCCGAGCCGAGGACGAGGCGUUCCUGGCGAAGCAGCAGGAGGAGAAGGACGGAAAGGGCAAGAUGGGCUACAUGCAAAAGUACUUCCACAAGGGUGCGUUCUAUCGCGACGACGCGGAGGCGGAGGGCCUCGCGAACCGCGACAUUAUGGGCGCCCGCUUCGCAGAUGACGUCAAGAAUCGCGAGCUUCUGCCCAAGGCACUGCAGAUGCGGGACAUGACCAAGCUCGGCAAGAAGGGCGCAACCAAGUACCGGGAUCUCAAGUCUGAAGAUACCGGCACGUGGGGUUAUGACACCUCGCGUGACUGGAGGCCAGGAAAGGACUCGUUUGAUCGCUUCGGCAAUGUCGACGAGCGAUUCAAGUCGGAUAGGGAAAGGGAGCGGUCUGGACCUGGUGGUGCCAAUGCUAUACCCCUUGGCGAGCGCAGAGAUGAUCGGCGCCGAGACAGGAGCCCGCGGGAUAGUGACAGACGACACGACUCAAGACGGCAAUCGAGAUCGAGGUCAAGAUCCCCGCGUCGCGACCACGACAGGGAUAGCAGCAGGAGGAAACGGGACUCGUCACGGGAAGGAGCUCGCAUUGAGAGUGACAAGAGGCGGAGGAUUGAUUCCAGGUAGUCCCAUGGUUAAUGAGAAUGGCGUGCAUUGCUUGCCGGCCGGCAAGAACAUGAUCCUUUCGCAUCCAAUGAGGCACGUCACAU